GGCUGGAAUUGAUAUUUAUUUGUCUUCUUUUUCUCCAGUUCAUUGUUAGGAUUUUCCAACGUGAAGUUCCAUUUUGGAAACUGGUUGAUACAAUCAUGAAAUUUGCUUUCCAGCGGUCCCUUUCAAACUCAGCAACCUGUGAAGGCAUGGAAAGUGAUAAUCACCAAAACUGUCUUCAGAUCAGAAUUGAUCGACCACUUUACGAAAAUGAUCAACUGAGGCAAGAUCUCCGAUAUGAGAAACAAAAAAAAACAUUUUUCACUCGAUUCUGUGGAGACGAAAAACCCACCUUCAAAAACAUGAUCACCAGCACUGUCCCAGCAUUAUCGUGGCUUCCACGAUAUCGGUGGAAGGAAGAAUUCAUGCCAGAUUUGAUAUCAGGAAUAACAGUGGCUAUAAUGCAUAUCCCACAAGGAAUGGCAUAUGCCCUACUUGGAAACGUUCCACCCAUAAUUGGUAUAUACAUGGCGUUCUUCCCCGUAUUAGUUUAUUUUUUCUUCGGGACAUCAAAACAUAAUUCUAUGGGGACAUUUUCUAUAGCAUGCUUGAUGACAGGAAAAGCGGUUUUGGAAUAUGCUGAUCACUCUUUCCUCGGAGAUACUGUUUCGAUAUCGAAUACUACAGUAACUGGCUUCACCCCCGUUCAGGUGGCAUGUGCGGUUACUUUCGUCUCUGCUGUUGUUCAGCUGCUCAUGUAUGUUUUGCACUUGGGAGCUGCAAGUGCUCUCUUAUCAGAAAUGCUCGUAAAUGCUUUCACUGCUGGUGCAGCUGUACAAGUUAUCUCCACCCAAGUUAAAGAUCUGCUUGGCCUCAGCCUACCCAAGUUCAAAGGAUAUUUCACAGUUAUAAAUACAAUAUCCGCCAUAAUAAGUAAUUUGGAAAACGUGAACUACGCAGCUUUAUUGUCUUCUGCAGUUACCAUUACGAUAUUAUCAUUCAAUAAUGAAGUACUUAAGCCAAUAGUUGCCAAGAGAACAACGAUUCCAAUACCUAUUGAGCUGAUAGCUGUGGUCAGCGGAACAUUGAUUUGUCAGUAUUCCAAUUUACAUGAAACUUACAAUAUCAAAAUAGUUGGUGAUAUACCUACUGGAUUACCACAGCCGGAGCUUCCCCCAUUCUCUCUACUUUCUUCUGUGUUAAUUGACGGUUUUUCAGUUGCCAUCGUUUCCUACGUCACUUCUUUGUCUCUGGCCCUCAUGUUGGCUCAAAGAGGAGACUAUGAAGUGGAUGCAAAUCAAGAGCUUCUAGCAAUGGCAGCAGGAAAUGUGUUUGGUUCUUUAUUCUCUUGCAUGCCAAUAUGCGCUUCUUUAUCGAGAUCCAUGAUACAGCAAGUGGUAGGCGGAAAAACACAAAUUGUAUCGAUUGUGUCAUGCUUCAUUCUUGUUUUCGUCCUCCUGUGGAUUGGACCGUUUUUUGAACUCCUUCCGAGGAGUGUCCUUGCCAGUAUCAUCGUAGUUUCUCUAAAAGGAAUGUUGAUGCAGAUAGGGGACAUUGCAAAAUUCUGGAGACAAAGCAAAUUGGACGCUCUUCUAUGGAUUGUUACUUUCCUGACGGUUGUGUUCGUCGGUAUGGACAUUGGACUACUUGUUGGUGUACUCAUGUCGCUAGUAACAAUCUUCAUCCUCGGUUUCAAGCCACAUUCCUGUCUUAUGGGAUUAGUACCACACACGGAUAUAUAUUUGGAUGUUAAUAAAUACAAAGGGGCCAAAGAACUGAAAGGUAUUAAAAUUUUCCAUUACUGUGGCGGCCUCAAUUUUGCAACAAAGAAUAUAUUCAGAGAUGAGCUCUACAGAUUGGUGGACGUUAACCCACAAAAGGAACUUAUAUGCCGUAACAAACUGGCCAGGAAACAAGAAAAGAUUGUAGAUGGUGAAAAGAAAGACAACAGUGAAAAAAUGAAGAAAUUACAUGGAAAAAUCAACACCAGUCUCAAAUACAUCAUAAUAGAUUUCUCCUCAGUGAGCUACAUUGAUCCGUCUGGCGUAUCUAUGCUGGAAGGUGUAAUAAAGGGUUUCGAGAAGCUACAAAUCCCAGUUUUUAUUGCCGGAUGCUCUGACCGGGUAUACAAUUCUUUGGUGAGAUGCGAAUUGAUUCCCAAAGAAAAAGAAUCCGGAAAUAUCAAGACCUUUCUCAGUGUGCACGAUGCUGUGCAAUAUACAACCUUCCUGCUUGGUUCAGAAGAAUUCUGCAUUUCAAGAAUCACUUAAGAAAAGACGAAAAUGUAGAAGUUAAUGUGGAUGUCCUCAAACUUUUUCAAAGUGAAAUUAUGAUUGCUAUGUGAUAUGUAAAUAAAAAAGUCGACUAAGGUUAGGUUUACGCCUUUACGUGAAUUUGUAUUAUGCUGUUUUGAGAUGUGAAAAUUCAGUAUUUAUUUUUUAAUACAAAAUUGGUCUUAUUGAUCAGGAAUGUAUUUGUUUAUCUAGUUGAUAUGAACAUUAUUAUCUCCUAAGAUGAGAGGAUCUACACAAAGCUGGUUGAUGGAUGAAAAGAGUAUAUUAUAUCAAAUAAAAAAAUGUCAAUAAA